CUCUUCAGGGCAGCUGGAGCAUGCAGGACCAACAGCAGCAGCCAGGCUGGCUUUUUAAUCCCUGGCUCUGUUGCAGGGAGGGCAGAGGGGAGGGCUGCAGGCCGGGGAAUGCAGAGAGAUCCCUGCCUGGACAAGGAACCGGGCAGCUCCCAGGUUUCUGGGCAUCCACCUCUGCAGCCCAAAACAUCCUUUGCUAAGAAGGCGACCCCCCUGUUAUUGUGGGAAGAUCGGCCACAAGAUGAGGGGUGUGGGCCUGAUCUCUUGCUUUUGGUGGGCGGGGGGGGGGGGAACGACAAAGGGAGAAGGAAGCCCGGGGGCGGGGUGUCCCUCUCAGCCAGAAGUGGCCCCUGUGCCCUUGGCUGCGAAUGUCAGCAAUCAGACACGGCUGUUUUCUCAAGAUUUGCAAUAGCUUUUGGACAGAACCCCCCCCCCCCUGGGGCGCAUAGAGGAGACCUCCAACCCCUCCCCCCCCCAUCCAAGUCCUGGAGGAGGGAGUUGCUUUUCCCUCUGCCCGGUGCCUGCAGCAGGAGCCACUAAGGGAGCUGAGCCUUGGCGGGUGGGGGGUCAGGGACUGGGCAGCCCAGGGUGGCAGAUUUCUCAUCCUGCUGUGUUCCAAGAACCUGCUUGGCAUUUGAGCCCUCCCUUCGCUUCCCUGGUGCUGGGCAAAGGAGGUCAUGGGUGGGGUUGGCAGAGAUGCCAAGGUUGGUGGAAACCUGAUCUUGUAACCUUAUCCUGGUGCUUUUGUAUCGGCCCGAUAAUCCCCUGCACCAGAGCCUCUCCCAUAUCCCAUCUUGGGAGGCGCCGGCUGCGGCCCUGGAUCUCUCCACGUUAGAAAACAGGACACUGGCGCAGCCAAAGGGGUUGCUGGGCAUUUGGAGAGAGCUCCCCAUUGCCAGCGUAGAACAGCCAGGGGGGCUCUGCUCUCGGCUGGGUGUCUCCUGCUGGGGGGCAGAGAGAGGCUCUGCAACAGGUGCUCGGAUGGGCCGCUUUGCUGAAACUGCUCCCGCGGGGGAGGCCCUUGGAGUUGGGAAGGGCUCCGAGUGGGGGGGGGGCUACUCAUCCUUUUCACCUUCCUGACCACCCCCCUGCCCACUUUCCUUCUGCAGCGGCCCUGCAGGAUCCUGGCAUCUCAGGCUUUUCUGCAGAAGCCUUGGGUGGCAUUGCUGGGCACCGCCUGACACAGACAAGGGACAGGAAGCUUUGCCAGCAGCCUCUGGACCAUCUGCAGCGAUGGGCACCCAUCCUCCCCCGCUGUCCCAGGCCAGUCCACUGGCUUGGGGGUCCCCAGUGGCCGGCAGGUGGGAAGGGCCUCCCUGCCCGGCGAUUCUCCCAAGGAGCCCGUGGGGUGCAGGGCAUGUUCUGCCCUGAGGCCCAAGGUGGGGGGUGGCCUGGCAGCCGCUCUGGUCCCAGGGAGAAAGUGUUACGCAAGCAGGUGAUGCGGCUAUUAGAGCCUGAAAGCCACCUCAACUCCAACGCCCAGCCUGCCUUCGGAGCCGCCCUGAGCGAUCAGGUUCUACCAGGAGGGGAGACGCCUUCCUCUUGGUACCUGUACCCAGGGCAUAAAAGCAGGCACCUGUGCCCGCUGGCUCAGUCCAAGCCUUCUCCUGGCCGGGCCAGCCAGGGUUUCAACCAUGGAAGCCAGCGCAGCCACACUUCUCCUCCUGGCUCUCUGCCUUUCCUGCCUCCUGCUGCUCCGAGGAGGAGGAGGGCGACGGGGCACCAAGGCACGCCUGCCUCCCGGACCUCGGCCCUUGCCCAUCAUCGGCAACCUGCCUCACCUGGAUACCAAGAACAUGAUCAAGUCUCUGCUGCAGCUCAGCAGGCAGUACGGCUCGCUCUUCACCAUCCACUUGGGGUCCCGGCCGGUGGUGGUGCUCUGUGGGUACCAGAUGGUGAAGGAGGCCCUGGUGGACCGAGGCGAGGAGUUCAGUGGCCGCGGAGACAUGCCGGUCUUGUUCCGAUUCACUCAGGGGAACGGCGUCGCCUUCUCCAACGGGGAGAAGUGGAAGAUCCUGAGGCGCUUUGCCAUCCAGACCUUGCGGGACUUCGGGAUGGGCAAGCGCAGCAUUGAGGAGCGAAUCCAGGAGGAGACCCAGUGCCUGGUGAAGGAGCUGGCCAAGAGGACAGAGCCCUUUGACCCCACGUUCCUGCUGGGCUGCUCGGUCUCCAACAUCAUUUGCUCCAUCGUCUUUGGAGAUCGGUUUGACUACGAGGACCAGCAUUUCCUGACCUUCAUUGGGCUGAUCAACGACAACUUCCGCCUCUUCAGCUCUCCUUGUGCCCAGAUGUACAACAUUUUCCCUCACAUCAUGUAUUACCUGCCUGGACCACACAACCGUAUAUUUGCCAACUUUGAGAAGCUGCGGGUCCUGGUGAGGGAGAUGGUCAAGGCCCACCAGGCCAGCCUGGACCCCAGCUGCCCACGCGACUUUAUAGACUGCUUCCUCCUGAAGAUGCAGCAGGAGAAGGAAGACCCUUGCAGCUUCUUCCACACCGACACUUUGAUCAUGACUACCCACAACCUCUUCUUUGCGGGCACCGAGACCAUCAGCACCACCCUCCGCUACGCCAUCCUCAUCCUCAUGAAGUUCCCCGAAGUGGCUGCCAAGGUGCAGGAGGAGAUUGCGAAGGUCAUUGGCCCCGAGCGCCUCCCCUCCGUUGCUGACCGGGCGAGGAUGCCCUACACGGAUGCCGUGAUCCACGAGGUCCAGAGGUUUGCAGACAUCAUCCCCAUGGGCAUCCCGCACGCCCUGACCAAGGACACCCAUUUCCGGGGCUUCUUCUUUCCGGAGGGCACCAACGUCCUGACUUUCUUCCACUCCGUGCACCAAGACCCCACCCAGUUCAAGGAGCCCGACAGGUUCGACCCCGGGCACUUCCUGGACGAGGAGGGCGCCUUCCGCCGCUCCAACGCCUUCAUGCCCUUCUCGGCGGGGAAGCGGCUGUGCCUGGGCGAGGCCUUGGCGCGCAUGGAGCUCUUCCUCUUCCUGACCGUCCUCCUGCAGCGCUUCUCCUUCCAGCCCGGCUGCCCCCGCGACCAGCUCGACCUCUCGCCCCUCGCCAGCGGCAUCGGGAACGUGCCUCGGCCCUACACCUGCCGCCCGCUCCCCCGCUGGGACGAUGUUGGCAUAGCGCUGCAUCUCGUGGAUGACGGCGUCCGUGUAGGGCAUCUGACUCCGGUCGUCCAUGCAGGGGGCACGGUUGUCCCCAAUGACCCGGUCGAUCUCUUCGUGCAGCUUCUCUGCCGGAAGAACUCCGGAGUCACCACAAGAGCCACAAAGGGCCCCCCUUCAUCUGUGCCCCCCCCCCCGUUUACCUUCCACCUCGGGGUGCCGCAGGAGGAUGAGCAGCCCAUAGCGCAGGGUGGAGCUGACCGUCUCAGUGCCAGCAAAGAAGAGGUUGACGGUGGUCUUUGCCAUCGUGUCCUUGUUGAAGUGAGAACUGGGGUUGCCCUUUUCCUGCAAGGCGGCAGAAACCAGCCUGUUUUGGUCCUUCUAACGGAGCUGCAAAGAUGCUCCUUGCUGGUUGAGAAACUGAGGCCAAGGGAUCUUGCUGGCGGGUUUCAGGAAUCAGAGCCCACAACGAAGGGCCUUUUCGAGCAGGGCCUGGGAAGCGAAGGCUCAGCCUGGCUGUCCCCCAACGGAGCUGCCCUCGAGGCCCGAGCAGAGCCAGCAGGGCUCCCCGGCCCUGGGUGCAAGACCCCCAAUGGAGAUGCAGCAACCCCCGUGGCCUCCUCCGAGGAACCCUGGGCCUGGGGGUCCGGGAGAAAGCCCCUUCCCCUCUCGGCAGAGCCGGGCAGGGGCCACGGCGAUACCUGCUGGAUCUUGAUGAGGAAGCAGUCGAUAAAAUCCCUGGGGGAGUUGGGGUCCAGGGUCUGCCUGUUCAUCUCCAGCCGCUCGCCCACAAACUUGGCCAGCUUCAGGUGGGUGAAGUGUAUCUCGUUAAAGGAUAAUCGGUGUGGAAAGCUUCUGUCAGUGACCUCUCCCCGGUUGCUUUGGACAAAGCCACCCAGGGGGAUCUGCAGGACAGGGAUUUCAUGGUUGAACCUGCAGUCACUGAACGUAGCUGGAAGUCAGAGCUGGAUGGAUAUGCCCAGGCUGUCUACCAUAGAGCUGGUCCCUCAUUCACCGUUGCUGCUGCUGCUGCUGCUGCUGCUGCUGCUCUGGGUCUCCUUCACGUUAAGUGGGAGGAAGAAGGGCAUGAAAGCCCCCCUGCCCCCUGGGCCCACCCCACUCCCCAUCCUGGGGAACUUUCUCCAGCUGGACCGGAAGAAUCUGGUCCAGUCCCUGAUGGAGAUGGGCAAGGAGUACGGGCCGGUGUUCACCGUCUUCCUGGGACUGCAGCGGGUUGUGGUCUUGUGUGGCUACCAAGCCGUGAAGGAGGCCUUGGUGGACCAGGCAGAGGAGUUCAGUGGGCGAGGGCAGCUGCCCGCCUUCUCCAAGGACUUCAACCACCAUGGGAUUGUGUUUGCCAACGGGCAGCGCUGGCAGCAGCUCCGCCGCUUCUCCCUCACCACCUUGAGGAACUUUGGGAUGGGCAAGCGGUCCAUUGAAGAGCGGAUCCAGGAGGAGGCCCAGUGCCUGGUGGAGGAGCUCCGGAAGGCCGAAGGGACGCCCUUUGACCCCACCUUCCUUCUUAGUCGCGCUGUCUCCAAUGUCAUCUGCUCCGUUGUGUUUGGGAAUCGGUUCGAGUACAGCGAUGAAAAAUUCCUCCGGCUGAACAAGCUGAUAACGGAGCGUUUCUGCAUUGCCAGCUCAACCGAAGCCGCGCUCUACAACAUCUUUCCGGAGAUCAUGGAGAAGAUCCCUGGAGUGCAUCACGCAGGCCACAGGUGCUCUCAGCAGAUCAUCGGCUUCAUAAAGGAGAGGAUCCAGACGCAGCAGGCCUCGCUCGAUCCUUGUGCUCCCCAAAAUUACAUUGAUUGUUUCUUGGCAAAGAUGGAGCAGGAGAAGCACAACCCGGAUUCUGAAUUCUGCAUGGAGAAUUUGGUGAUGGCCACGUUCAACCUCUUCUUUGCUGGCACAGAGACCAUCAGCACUACCCUGAGAUUCGGCUUCCUCAUCCUGAUGAAGCAUCCACAGGUCCAAGAAAAGCUCCACAAGGAGAUCGACCGAGUGAUCGGGGCUGGCCGCUGGCCCUCGGCUGACCACAGGCGGCAGAUGCCCUACACGGAGGCGGUGCUGCACGAGAUCCAGAGGUUCAGCGACAUCCUGCCCAUGAGCCUCCCGCAUGCCCUCACUCGAGACACCCACUUCAGGGGAUACGCCAUCCCGAAGGGGACCUACGUCUACCCUCUACUCAGCACGGUGCACUACGACGCUGAGCAUCACGCCAGCCCUGAGCAGUUUGAGCCCCGGAGAUUCCUGGACAGUCACGGCCGUUUCAAGACGGCAGACGCCUUCAUGCCUUUCUCCGCAGGGAAGCGGCUGUGCCUGGGCGAGGGCCUGGCCCGCAUGGAGCUGUUCCUCUUCCUCACCACCAUCCUGCAGGCCUUCACUCUCACGUCACCGGUGCCCCUGGGUGAGGUCAGCAUUGUGCCCGAUGCCAGUGGUGUCAGCCGUGUGCCCAUGAGAUACCAGCUCUUGGUGGUACCACGCCAAGCUUGA